GUCAUGACUGUUAUUGCUUCUAUUUCUAAUUCGGAAUGCGAAUAGCCUUGAAGCGAUGUUGAUGGCUACACAUAAUCCUGUUUUUCUUGAUGACUUGGAUUUAUUGAAUUAUUUCAAUGUUGGCAGUACAUUUCUAAGUAGAUGUUUACACGAACACGAAUCGCAGCAGAUCUACGUUUUCACAUGGUGUCAUAUCGCUGCGCAAUAACCACGACCAUAAAUGUUGAUUGCCAUACACACUAUUGAAAUGUGUAAAAAAAAAAAAAAAAAAAACAGGUGCCCAGCAAUAGACUACUUUUCUGUCACCUAACGCACACUGUAAUGUUGCAACGUCGCAGUUUUUUUUUAAACGCUCGGGAAUGCAACAAUUCUUCAGCUUGUUGUGUUCUUCGAAGUUCAUUUGUAUGGGACUCGUUGGUCUGCCUGCAUGGUGAUGUGUAAGAACGAAAUGCAGUUGGGGUUCACGGGUACCUUGUAGUGAGGCGAAGCUGUUACCGAACCAUGCCUGACAUUUCUGCAUCGACUAGGGACAGCAUAGUGCAUUGCCAUUUUGGGAGGCUGCAGCGGUUUUUUCCACUGAAUACUGCAAGUUUUACACUGAGUUGAGAGCCUGCGAUGCUGAUAAACACUCUUGUCGGAAACAGAGAGGUCACCCUGGGUCACAUGAUGUUUCUGACAUGGAUAUACCUGGUGGUCUCCCUGACGUCCACUACUGCCCAGACCGGAGCGAGCCAGUCGCAAGCGGCCUACUUCCUUCCUGAAUUUGCACUGUCGCCCCAGGGGAGCUUUCUGGAGGACACGACAGGGGAGCAGCUUCUGACCUACCGCUCUGACGACCAGGCCUCCAGAAGCACGCGGUCAGACGAGGACAGGGACGCCGGCUGGGACGCCUGGGGCACCUGGAGCGAGUGCUCGCGCACCUGCGGGGGUGGGGCCUCCUACUCCCUGCGCAGAUGUCUGAACGGAGGAAACUGUGAAGGCAGAAAUAUCCGGUACAGGACGUGCAGUAAUAUGGACUGCCCAAAAGAGUCGGGGGACUUCAGGGCGCAGCAGUGCUCGGCACACAACGACAUCAAGUACCAGGGCCUGACGCAUGAAUGGGUGCCCGUCAUCAACGACCCGGUCUCGCCCUGUGCCCUCAAGUGCCAGGCGCGGGGCAAGAACCUGGUGCUGGAGCUGGCGCCCAAGGUCCUGGAUGGCACGCGCUGCCGAACAGACUCCUUUGACAUGUGCAUCAGCGGGAUCUGUCAGGAGGUGGGAUGCGAUCGACAGCUCGGGAGCAACGCCAAAGAGGACAACUGCGGAGUCUGCGCGGGCGAUGGAUCCACCUGCCGGCUGGUCCGAGGGCAAACCCUGUCGCACGUCUCGCCGGACGAACCUGUCAAGACCAUGAUUGAAAUUCCUCUAGGAAGCCGCAACCUGAGGAUUACAGCCAAGGGACCUGAUGUCAUCAUUCUGGAGGCCCAGACGGCCCAGGGGAGGCGCGAGGAGCACGUCCUCAGCUCGCCGGGGUGGCACGUCCUGGGGAACACCAGCGUGGAGUUCCAGCGCGCCCCAGACAGGCAGACGCUGCGCAGCCCCGGGCCCCUGGCAGCCGACUUCACCAUCAAAGUGAGGUAUGCGGCUCCGAGGGACACCGUGCUGCAGUUCGUGUUCUACCAGCCCAUACGCUACCAGUGGAGGGAGACGGACUUCUUCCCCUGCUCAGUCACCUGCGGGGGAGGCUACCAGCUCAACUCGGCCGAGUGCACGGACAUCCGCUCCGGUGCCGUCCUGCCUGAGCACCACUGCGAGAGUUACCCCGAGAACACCAAGCCCAAGCCCAAGCUGAAGGAGUGCAACAUGGAGCCCUGCCCAGAGAGUGAUGGCUUCAAGGAGGUGAUGCCCUACGACCAUUUCCAGCCCUUACCGCGCUGGGAGCAGAACCCGUGGACCAUGUGCUCGGUGUCGUGCGGCGGGGGCACCCAGGAGCGGAGCGUGGUGUGUGUGGAGGAGGACGUGCACGGCCAGUUCACCCAGGUGGAGGAGUGGAAGUGCACACACUCGCCCCGGCCCGUCACCAAGCAGACCUGCAACGCCUUCGGCUGCCCCCAGUGGAAGGCCAUGGAGUGGUCCCAGUGCACAGUGACCUGUGGCCGUGGGCUGCGUUACAGAGUGGUGCUGUGCAUCGAUCACCGAGGGCAGCACACCGGCGGCUGUAACGCACGGCUCAAACCCCACGUCAAAGAGGACUGCCUGGUGCCCAUCGCCUGCCACAAGCCCCGAGAGAGCCUUCCAGUGGAAGCCAAGCUGCCCUGGCUAAAGCAAGCGCAUGAGCUGGAGGAGCCAAAGGCCGCCUCAGAAGAACCCACGUUCAUCCCGGGCCCGUGGUCGUCCUGCAGCACCAGCUGUGGGCUAGGCUUUCAGAGGCGCUGGGUGAAGUGCCGCGUGCUGCUGACCUUCACGCGGGCCGAGGUGGACCUGCCGGACGAGGAGUGCGACGAGGACAAGCCGCCGGUGCAGAGGCUGUGCGAGCUGGAACCCUGCACUGGCUCUCCGGCGCCCCCCCAGGGCCGAGACGGGCAGCACGGCCCCCAGUGGGGCUACCGCAAGUUCAGCCCAUGCUCCAAGUCCUGCGGCGGAGGCACCCAGACCUUCGUGGCGCGGUGCCUGAGUGGCGGCGUGGUGGUGAAUGCCGCUCUGUGCGACAGCGCCAGCCGGCCACGGGUGAUGAUGCGGGUAUGCAACCCGGAACCCUGCGGCAUGAGAUGGGAGGUGAGCCAGUGGUCCCGCUGCUCUGCGACGUGCGGGGUGGGCCUGCAGAUUCGCAAGGUUCUCUGUGUGCUGCAGGGUGACAAGGAGAUGCCUGACAAGAACUGCAGGGAGCCCAAGCCCAGCGAGGUGCAGGCCUGCAACCAGGUGGACUGCCCACCUGCCUGGGAGACCGAGGACUGGCAGAAGUGCUCCCACACCUGUGGAGGAGGCAGGCAGUCCCGGAAGGUCUACUGCAAGCAGCGGCUGGGCAGCGGAAGCUUCCAGAAGCUGAAGGACGUGGCGUGUAAAGGUGUGAAGCCCGUGGCUCACCGGCCCUGCGCCACGGAUGACUGCCUGACACCUCGCCUGGACGGAGGAGAGUGGUCCAAGUGCUCUGUAACGUGUGGCUCGGGGGUGCAGCGGAGGGAGGCCGUGUGUCACAGACAGACCCCCUCUGGCCACCAGGUGACUCUGAGCAGGGCGGUGUGCAGCGGGAUGACCCCACCUCCACUUAUCAGGAGCUGCCGCAUGGGACCCUGUAAAAAAGAUCUACCGCCUGCGAGGAUCUGUCCUACGAUCCCGAGGGACCGCCGCACCUACAUCCAGAUCCGUCCGGAGAAGCGGCUCCACUUCACCGUCGGGGGCGGCGCCUACCUGCUGCCCAAGACCUCCGUGGUCAUCAAGUGCCCGGUGCAACACAGCUUCAAGUCCGCCAUUCGCUGGCUGAAGGACGGGAGGGACCUUCCCAGCUCCAAGCGCAUUGGCAUCACCAAGUCUGGCGCCCUGCGCAUCUACAACCUGGAGGCCAAGGACAUCGGGGUGUACCGCUGCGUGGCUCACACCGCCACCGCUCGCUUCACCCUCAAGCUGAUCAGCAGCGAUAACAAGAUCCUCCAGCAUCCAGAAGGGAAGCGCUUCACGGAAAAUGCCGACGACCCAGAGGCCGCCCUGGGCAAGGACUGGUGGCUGCCCCGCUGUCUGGUCGAUAAUUACCUGUUCCCAAAUUGGCAGCAGUACAGUGAGUUCUACCUUCCAGAGGGCCAGGCCCAGGGCACGGGCUCCCUGCAGACCCUUGGCAACUCUGUGCUCAUCUCCAGAGGGGGUCAAGGGCCCGUCAUCCAGCUGCCAGACAGGCGCUUGGAAGCCAGCGUGGCCCACGGAGCCUUGAGCCUGCUCCCAGCACACUACAGGGAGCUGAUCAACAACAUCACUAGCCCAGAGCAGAACACCAGUGCAACAGACAAGCUUAGCGCCCGGCACAAUCACAAGUUCAGCGAGGAUCCGUCAGGCCCAGGGUCGACACGCAAGAAGGGUGAGGGGCCUGGAGAAACAGGAGGCCCUAGAGACAAACACCAGGACAGAACGGCUAACUCCUCUGAGCGCGCCACGGACAAGGACAGCAAGAGUCCCAGGAAGGCGGCCAUCACACGACCCGAGCAGCAUGGCCCUCUCAUGAGUUUCCAGAGGGACGUGAGGAUGUACAUAGGCAGGGUGGCGUAUCUGACCAAUGCUACACGUAGCCUCUCCCUACUCUGCCACGUCCAUGGGACGCCACAGCCCACUGUGUCCUGGACCAAGGAUGGUGCACCAUUACUGUACAGAGAAAGGGUGCUGUGGCAGGACGCGGAGGGACUGCACAUCUACAAGCCAGGCCUGGAGGACGUGGGCUUGUACAGGUGCACCGCCACCAACCAACUGGGCUCCGACUCGGAGAGCUCCCAGCUCCAGCUGGCCGAGUACCCCAAGAUCGGCCUGUCCUGGAGGAACGUGUCUGACCUGAGCAAUGGCGCCCUGAGCGCCGUGGUGGGAGGCUGGGUAAGAGCCCGUGUGGGGGCCAACAUCACCCUGGACUGCCCAGUCACAGGUGUCCCUCAGCCAACAGUCAGCUGGCACAAGAAAGAGGGUCCUCUGAACGGCAACGCUCAGCUCCUCUUCAACAGCUCUCUGCUGCUUCAGAACAUCACACUCCAGAACUACGGCACGUACUCGUGCGUGGCUGCCAACCCAAUCGGAAAAUCGGCCGCCUCCAGCCACCUUCACGUGUCUGGAGCCACCCAGGCUUUGUCUGAGCACCACGCGACCCACGCGACCCACGCGACCCACACGUCCGCGCCUAAGGAGGGGGCCCGGAAAAGAGUCCUCAUGGCCUCUCGCAUCGGCACCCGGGCUAUGGUCCGGCCUGGAGACAUCCUGCGCAUAGGGUGUCCGGUCGUUCCAAACCACAGAAAAGCCAUUAAGUGGUACUUCCAGAACCAGACGCUUGAGGAGACCCUGGGUCUGCGGCACCGGAUGCUGGUGGGCGGACGGAUCCUGGAGGUGAACACGCUGCACGGGACGUUUGACGGACACUACCGAUGCCAGACCCAGACAGACAGCCAGCUCCUCUCGGCCUGGGUCAACAUCAGCAUAGAAGAGUUCACCUGGCAGAUGGGGGACUGGAGUGUCUGCAGCGCCACCUGUGGGAGCCGAGGGGUUCAGGCGAGGAGGCUCCGCUGCAUCAGCCCAGAGGGCAGGGAGGUGCCCCCUCCCACCUGCCAUCACUUGCCCAGGCCAGCGACCUCCCCCCGGGCCUGCAAUGUCAAGGACUGCCCAGCCAGCUGGGUGUCAACCGGAUGGUCCAGGUGCUCCUCUUCCUGUGGGCGUGGCUUCAGGCAGAGGCAGGUGUCGUGUCAGCAGGCGGAGGCUUCUGGGACGGUGCGGAUCCUUCCUCCGUCCAGCUGUGCGGCGACAGCCCGGCCCAUCGACAGAGAGGACUGCACCAUGGACACCUGUGCCGAGUGGGUGACCAGCCCUUGGGGUCAGUGUACAGGGCGAUGUCUGGGCCCAGGCCUGGCAACUCAGAGCAGGACAGUGAUGUGCAAGCAUCUGAACAGCUCCAGCAGCCCUGGAACAUCAUGUGAUCCCAAAGACAGGCCGCUGUCGGCGCAGAACUGCUCGUCAGACGCAUGUGACGUGCAUUGGAGGGUGUGGCCCUGGCGGCUGUGUACGGUGGCCUGUGGCAGCGGCUUCCAGUCACGCCGCGUCGAGUGCGUCCACCGCAGCACCAACAAGACCCUGGCCGACCAGCACUGCACCUGGCAACGGCGCCCGGUCUCCUGGCAACACUGCAACAUCACAUCCUGCAGCAGUGAGUGCAAGGAUAGAACCCAUUACUGUGCUGUGGUGAAACGCCUCCAGCUGUGUCAAGUGGAUCUGUACAGGCAGAAAUGCUGCGAGUCUUGUUCCGUGGACACUCACCCCAUCUAGUGUUCACUACUGAGACUGAGACCCUGAACUUUGAACACAAACUGUUUCUAGAAUGUUCAGCUAAAGUACUGGAAAGUAAAAACACACCUGAAGAGAUGGUAUCCUAUAAGCAAAAAAACAAUUCCCCUGUGACUUGACUGAAUUCUUGAAGAGGAUAUUUUGGACAUCUUAAUGUGGCUUGGACACAUCCACAUCCACAGACUGAGUGACUUCAUGUGCUUCAGACCACAGCUCUGCCACAGCAUUGUAAACAUCUCCACAAAAAUUUGGCCUCCAGUCUUUGUGAAACCUAAAUCAGCUCGCCAGAAAUGACCAUGUUUUGUCUAUUUACUUGUUUAUUUUUUUUGUAUGAAGCAAUAACCAUAACAAUGUUUUGACAACAAUCUCUCAGUAGUGGUACAUACAUAUUCUGUGUGCAUUAUUUCUAUUUGUAACAAAUGCAUUUGUCAUUGUAUCUAAACUUGGUCAGGAUUUAGAUCAGAAUCCUUUAGGACCAUUCACUUGUGUGAAGGGAGUUAAAUGGGUACAGAUUCAGUAAGGCACCAAGACGCUGUUGUUAAUAUGAAAACAUCACUUGGUUGAAUAAUGAAUAUCCAAAUAUGAUCAAAAGACGUUAAUGAACACUUGGCCAUUGUGGGGGGACUAUUUAUUUAUUUUUAUAUAUGCAGGACUUUGACAAGAUACAGUAAGGUACUUAUUAGAAUACUUACUUAGGGAUAUGUUCUUGCUGGAUUCAGAAAGAAUAUAUGUACAUUUUCUUAAUCCCCCAUCAAUUUGGAGAAAGGUAUUCAAUGAUGUAGUAGUAGUAACAGUGCUUUUUACAGCCAAGUGGAUCUUUUAGUUUUUUCUUACUGUGUUGUACCAGUGUGCUGCAUUGUAAAAUAUGUCUUGUAAAUAAUGUGUUUUAAGUGCAAUAUUGUGUACAUUGAGUGUAGAUUUUUUUUUUUGGACUUUAUUUUCUUACCCGGUGAAUGGAUUAGUUGUCUUGAUGUAUUGUGCAGACAUGGCCAAAAAUAUUGGGAUGUGUACACGUUUUGAAAAUGGUACACGUGUUUUCCCAGAGAACUUGAAAGUUGGAACAACAUUCAUCAAAAACAUCCAGGCUGUCAAGACACCUUGUGGUCUGCAUGGGAACUUCAUCAUAUUGCAGUAUAUACAGUAUAGUGUCAUCCAUAGAUGUUCUAGUGUUAACAAGUUCCAGUGUUGGUCCUUCAAGAAUAUUAUGGACACCCUCUAAAAGUACUGAAAAAUCCCCUUUUACUUUGCACUUACAUUUACCUGCAAUGACAUGUUGCUGGCACUCAUUGCAGUGUUUAGAACAGAAACAUGGAGAAUGAAGAAAAGAAGUCCCUCUCCUGUUUUGGCAACGCACAUUAAAUGAGAAUCUACGAAUGAUGUGAAAAGCUCAGACUCAGCAAACCAGGUUUCUGUUUCUGUCAUAAUUCUGUUUCAUAAUUCAGAAAUGGAAACCCAUGGCACUCUCACAGAUCCCCUUAGAGAUAGCCACAGCCAGAACAGCAAACUUGACUGAAGAUGAGGUCGGUUGCUGAUGGUUACUGAUUUUGUAAAAAGUGAUCAGGUUCUAAUAUUUUUGGCCAUGCCUAAAUUGAAGAUUACAGUAUAAAACCUGCAUAUAGCACUUGUUGAUGUGGUUUAUUAAUGUCAUAUAUGUUUCUUUGAUUUUAUACGCAUGGAUUUAAUACAUUUGCAAAUGUUUUGAUCUAUUAAAUACGCCACUCAUCACACAUGCACACCAUCAGUCAACACGGACACUGAUAUCUGCCUUUGUAAUGUGCUUUGAAAUAAUAACUGUUGGAAAAAGUAAUAGACACAAUUACAGUACAUGCUUACAGCUCAUCACAACUGCAAAUGACCUGUGACACAACAGAGGAAAAUAAAACAGUCUUUUCAAUAGA